GCCGAACGACCCCAAGGUUUGCCCACUUGAAUUUCCGAUUCGAGGGAUGUGAAGAAUCUAAAGAUUUGCUGUCAGCAAUCUAUAUUUUGCAUCAUGAGAGUUGUGACAACGCCAACGAUGGCCUCCACUCCCACCACUGCAGGUGCAAGUGGAGGUGGAUACCGAAAUCAAGAUGCAGAAUUGCUGUUCCGUACGAAACCCAUUUCUGAAAUCCGUAAGGUCGAGGCUGCCACGAGGAAAGAGAUCGAAGACAAGAGCGAGGAGUUGCGGCAACUUGUGGGCAAUCGAUACAGAGAUCUCAUCGAUUCAGCCGAUUCCAUUGUUCAAAUGAAGUCCACCUGCGAGUUCAUAUCUGGUAACAUUUCGGCAAUCCAUGAUUCUAUCGUUAGCAGGCUUUCUUCUUCAUCUAAAGACAGUCCAAGAUCAAUUCAUUCUAAUGUGAACUCUAGUAGGGCCCGGACUUAUGGUAUUGCUUGCAGGGUUAAGUAUCUUGUUGAUACCCCGGAGAAUAUAUGGGGUUGCCUUGAUGAAUCCAUGUUUAUGGAGUCUUCUGCUAGAUAUAUUCGUGCCAAACAUGUUUACGAUAACCUCAUUCUUGUGAACAAUAGUUACAAUGUGUUGUCGAAAUUUCCUUUGCUUCAGCAUCAGUGGCAGAUUGUGGAGAGUUUUAGGGCUCAAAUCUCGCAGAGGAGUCGAGAGAGAUUACUGGAUCAUGCUCUAAUUUUGGGUCUUGGAAUUAAUGCUUAUGCUGAUGCACUCGCUGCCGUGGCCAUUAUUGAUGAGCUUGAUCCCCAACAGGUUUUGAAUUUGUUUUUGGAUUCCCGAAAGUUGUGUAUAUCGCAGAGAUUGAAUGCUUGUUCAAGUAAUGUGAACUCUGAUAGUAAUGAUGUGAUUGAGGUGUUUUGCCUGGUACUGAAGAUAAUUCAGGUGACGAUAGGGCAAGUAGGAGAGUUGUUUUUGCAGGUGCUGAAUGACAGGCCUUUGUUUUAUGAGACCAUUUUGGGUUCACCACCAGCUUCUCAGUUGUUCGGGGGAAUCCCAAAUCCUGACGAGGAAGUAAGACUGUGGACUGCCUUUAGGGAAAAGUUGGAGUCCAUAAUGGUUAUGUUGGACAAAGGUUUUAUUGCGAGAACAUGUUCUGAUUGGUUGCGGAAUUGCGGGAAGGAGAUUGUGAAUAAUAUCAACGGUAGGUACUUGCUUGAUUUGAUAAGCAGUGGGAAAGAGCUUGCUUCAGCCGAGAAGAUGAUAAGGGAGACCAUGGAUAAUAAGCAAGUCUUGGGAGGCAGUUUGGAGUGGCUUAAGAGUGUUUUUGGUUCUGAGAUUGAGUUACCCUGGAAAAGAACACGUGAGCUUGUGUUGGGCGAUGAUUCUGAUCUUUGGGAUGAUAUAUUUGAAGAUUCUUUUCUUCAGAGGAUGAAAGCUAUUAUUGAUACAGGAUUUCAGGGAUUGAACUCAGGGGUUAAUGUGGUGCAAGCAGUUCGUACUAUUGCACAAAAACCUGAUAAUACUGAUCUCCAGGCUUACCUGAAUAGACCUAAUGCUGGUGGUGUUUGGUUCAUUGAGCCAAAUAGCAAACGGGUUGGGUCAUCACAAAAUCUUGAAGAGAAUGAUUUUCGCAGCUGUCUUAAUGCCUAUUUUGGGUUAGAAGUCAGCCGGAUCAGAGAUGCAGUAGACAGUAGCUGUGAGAGAGUUCUUGAGGACCUGCUAGUUUUUCUGGAAUCUCCAAAGGCUUCUGCAAGGUUAAAGGAUUUGGCUCCAUAUCUACAGGAUAAAUGUUUCAGAAGUAUGUCAACCUUAUUGGGAGAUCUCAAGAGUGAAUUAGACCUACUCGCUAGGGGACUGCAAAAUGUGGAUGACAGAAAUGAGUCUGAACCGCCAGCUAGCAUACUUGUUCAGAGGUCUCUAUUCAUUGGUAGACUGAUGUAUGCUUUUCAGAAGCACUCUAAGCAUAUACCUGUUGUACUUGGUUCACCAAGAUUAUGGGUGAAUCAAACUGUUGCUGAUAUCCCUCUCAAGUCACCAGCUGCUUCGAGGUAUUCUAGAUCAUCAUUUGAUUCCUAUGUAAGUGAUAGUCCUGAAAAGAAAAUGUUUGAUUCUCCCAGAAGGCAAACUUCGUUGGCCUCAUCUGCUUUAUUUGGGAUAGAUGAUAAUCCUAGUCAACAACUUGAAGAGCUUAUUAGCACCACUCAGGACCUUUGCUUUCGAGCUCACAGUUUGUGGAUAUCUUGGGUCUCUGAUGAACUUGCAAGAACGUUUUUGGCUAAUCUACAACAAGAUGAUGCCUUGUCAGCAACUGCACCCCUGAAAGGAUGGGAGAAGAUAGUUGUUAAGCAAGAGCAGCCUAGUGAAGGCACAUCAGAUAUGCAAAUAUCUCUUCCUUGUAUGCCUUCUACAUAUGUCAACUCAUUUCUAUUCAAAUCAUGUGAAGAAAUUCAUCAAGUUGGUGGUCAUGUACUUGAUAAAGCUACAUUACAAAGUUUUGCAGCAAAACUGUUGGGCAAGGUUAUUGGCAUAUACAAGGAUUUCCUUGAAAGAAACGAGAAAGUGUCAGAUAAAGGAGUUUUACAAAUAUUAUUGGACUUGAGAUUUUUUGCUGAUGUUUUAUCUGGGGGUGAUGUGACCGAGAACGUUGUGCCUUCCAAUGUACCAAAACUAAAGGUUCCUUAUAGAAUCAAGCAGGGGGGACGCGAAACAAAGUCAGUCAUUAGAGAGAGUCUGGAUGGCUUGUUUAAUCGCUUGUCUGAAAGACUGGAUCCCAUAGAUUGGCUCACGUUUGAACCUUAUUUGUGGGAAAACGCCAAGCAGUCAUACUUGAGGCAUGCCGUUCUUUAUGGAUUUUUUGUGCAACUUAAUCGGCUGUACACAGGCAAUGCACCAAAAGUUCCUUCUAAUGCAGAGUCAAAUAUAAUGAGAUGCUCUGAUGUACCUCGGUUCAAAUAUUUACCCAUAAGUGCUCCAGUGUUGUCUUCAAGAGGAAAUGUGAGGGGAUCUACAUUAACAUCUGUGGAUGAAAUCACUCCAAGGAGUGCUCGUAGUAGUUACAAGAAUGAUGAGCUGACACGGAGCCUUGAUAUUGAUGAUAACACAAAUUUGGGGAUGGCUGCGCCUCUUUUGAAAUCAUUUAUGCAGGUAAUUUCUAUUUAUAAUUAUGCUUAUGAAGAUUUUGAUCUGUUAACAAAAUAUCCGGUAAUGAGUUAUGAACAGAGGAGACUUGUUUGCAUCUCUGCUUUAGAGAAUGUGAUUUUUGGAGGCCGUUUAACUUCUAAGAGAGUUUACCACAGGCAUUAUAUGCUCAUGAUGAUUUCUGUUCGAAGGCAGGAGACUGCUUUGGUCUAAUCAUCUUACUCUGGUUCAUAACCUUUGAUCACAGAUUGUGUUGUUAUCUUUGAACAAAGUGUUUUCAAAUUGGCAAAAUGGUCAAGUUCUUUUGUUGUUCAUUCUUGUAUAAUUUUUAUAUGGAUGUGCAAUAAGAGCAACCAUGACAUUUGCGGGGAAUGUUGGGAGAAAUUCUGUAUACUUUCUUGUGUUUUGGAAGGCCAUGCAUUUUACAAUGCACUUCUUCGCUAUGUACUCCUUGAACUGGGAUUGGAUCUCUGAACAUUUGAACGAAAUAUUUUUCAUGCACGGAGUGAAACUGUUUAUCAGUAACCUGUGACUUAGAAUGUAACAACUACUUUUCAUUGCAUCUCCAGGUUGGCAGCAGAUUUGGGGAAUUGAGACUGGGGUCUAUUUUAACAGAUGGGCAAGUUGGUAGGUUUGGCGACAUACUACCUGCUCAGGCUGCCGGACUUCUUUCAUCCUUAACUGCUGCGAGAUCGGAUUCUUGAUUGGGCAGACAGCAUUUAGUAAACUUUGUCAAAUUAAAACAAUGCCGGGCAUUAGGACAGAAACUGUAUAAGGAAAAGAUUACUCCUCGAUUUUGUUUAAUGAGGUACAAUAUAUUGUAGGAUAAGAAACUUGUGAUAUGGGGUGUACUGAAAUAUAUAGUGAAAUGAAAUCAUUUAAAACACCAUUUCAU